AGCCCAGUCCGGAGAGUGAGGCAAUUUCUUCCCCCGGAUGGACAUACUCCAUGCAAGAUCUGACCAAGGUGGACCUGUAUGAUACAAAUGGCUCACUCCUGUUUACCGUCAGAGAAAAAUCAUCAUGUACUUUUGGUAAUCUGGCUGAAAACCUUCACACCAAGAUCAGAGAGAAGAACCAGUCCUUGCAGUGCUUUACGUUCAAGGAGACUAACACUGCUUCCUUGGAUCCAAACCAAGAGCUUGGCUUCCAAUAUCACCGGAUAGUCGUCCUGCCAGCAACAGACGGUGAUCAGUGGGGAGACUGGAGAAUUGACGACAAAGGGAUUGUUGAACUAAGACAACUCUAAAUUUGAUGACGUCUAGCCAAUCAAUCAGCAUCAAUCAAUAGACCUUUAUCGAGUUCCAAACAGAAGACAGAGUCUUGAAUCAGUGUCUAAAUAUUCACAAAUAUCAACAGUAAAGUAAAGAAUGCACAAUCUAUGGACUUUCACUGGAACACAUGAAUAUUCUACACAAAAUCGAGGCUAACGCUGAGAAAACAGAGAACUCGAUACUGGAGUAUUGGUCAGACAGUCAAACGGUCAAUUAGUUAAUCAAUGGGUCAAUUACUGAAUAAAUCAAGUAGAUUAGUUUAUUUUGACGUUAUUUGUAAGAUAAUUUCUCACCGGUACACUUGAACCACUUGGUAUUUCACAUCUCAAUUUGAUUUGUUUUCUUCACACCGACGGAGUUCAUAUUACUACAAUCUUUGUUAAAAAUCGGAGCACUAAAAAUACCGAUCACUUGUCUCGCAAAAUCCUAUUCGAUCAUUGAGUCUUUCGUGUUGUGAUUUAGAUCAGCACUGUUCAUUAAGGUCGAAGAAUUAUAUCAGAUCACAUGCACUCGCCUUUCUCCCCCUCCCCCCCAGUCCACUCCCUGAUUAUUGAUGUCGGAUAGAAAUAUGUCUCCUCUAAAAGGAUUUGAUCUGUCAGGGCACAACAUAUUGAGAUCUUUU